UUUCCGUUAUGAUUUUUAUUAUCGCCACGAUUAGUAUUGUGGCUGCGACGUACUAAUAUCAAUCUAUAUCAUAAACGAUCGGACCGCAGACGAAUUAGUUCUCCAAUACCUGUGUUAAUUGUUGUAACAAUUAUUAUGAGUUCUGACAUAAAACUUAUUGACUUUUUAGGCAAGAUGUCGGAGCAAUUUCUAGGUUGCAUGGUUUCAGUGAAGUGUAUCGAUGAUCUUGCCUAUCAAGGGAAAAUUAUUGAUUACAAUAAAAAUAGUUUGACUUUGGCAAAAGCGUUUUGUAAUGGCAUACCUCAUACCUCUUCGAUUGUUUUGAGUGUAAAAGAUAUACAGAAUCUCGAGAUUAUAUCAACCGAAGAAGUGGGUAAUGUGAAUGAUACGCACAGUAAAGUAAUUGUAAAAAGACCAAUUGCGAAGAGGGCCGGGCGAUCUAUUUCAGAGUGCGUUCCAAAUACGGUGCAAGCAGGAAGUUCUCAAGUGCAGGCAAAUUUCAAAAAGCCUGCAGAAACUAACCAGCAGCAAGUGGAACAGACACCCAAUGGGAAAAUACCUUCAACCGAGAAUAAUACGUCUAAUAAUAAAUCUGUCUCAAAAAGAUUAACUCAUAGACAAAGGGCGUUAGAGAGGGACGAGCAUACUUUUGGUACCCCGAUUGAUCAGUCCUUACAGCAGGACUUUGAUUUUGAAAAGAAUUUAGCAUUAUUCAAUAAAGAGGCUGUAUGGCAAGAAUAUUCGUUGAAACCGGAUAUCGUCAGACAGUCGGAAAAUAAUCGAGGCACUACAGCUAUCUACCGGCCCGAUGAAAAUAUUCUCGUGUCCGAGCCAACAGUACUCAGACAGAUUGUGGUGCCUUGUUGUGGUGAAAAAGAAUACGUUACAGAUAAUGGUCUUGUAAUUCCCAGCAUAACUCUUAGUCUCCAUCGGCAGUUAAUAGGUGCGGCAGAUAGAUUGGGAAUUAGUUGGGAACGCAGGGUGGAGCUUCUUGGUCGGGCCGGUGCUGAGCUUACUCUUCAGUUAUUAGGUGGGAGUCAUCGGUUGAAUCCAAACAAUGCACAUCAAUGGCCCACUGUGGUUGCGCUAUGUGGACCGCAUCGUUCUGGUGCUGCGGGUAUCAACUGCGCUCGGCAAUUAUCCAGUCAUGGCGUCAAGACGAUCGUAUUCGUGGAAAAUGCGGAAGAUGUGUUCCUCUUGCAGGAACUUUCGUUAUAUAAGCUAACGGAAAACAAGGUAGAGACCAAAGUCAGAAAUUUACCAUCAUUGGUCGAUUUGAUACUCGUAGCGCUUUGCGAUGAGGAUUCGCCCAGGAUAAUCACACCGAUAGCAAGGUGGGCAAACAGCAACCGUGCGCCCGUGCUCGCAAUCGAACCACCGGCAACAGGUACACCAGGUAUCCUCAGUAAAUUCAGCCUGUUGGGUGCCCUACCGCUGUCGCACAGUGUCGACAACGGCAGAUUGUAUUUGUGCAAUCUCGCGUUACCGAAUAAGGUGUACUCCGAUGUCGACAUUACGUACAAAUCGCCGUUCGGACCUAAAUUCGUAAUUCCUUUACAUUCCAAUAACUCUUAGCAAAUUUUUAGAGAUCACAUCGUGUCUCUUUGAAUAGACGCCUUCAUUUUAUCAUGCGCGAUUUGUAAACCUCGUAUACAGGGAAAUAUAUUUUACUUCCGAGGCCCACUGAGUAAUAGAGUUUAUAUACAUAUAGUUUGGCGUUUGAUAUAAACUUUUAGAUAAACUUUUAGAAAGAGAAAGAAAAAAAAGAGAACAUGAUGUAUUAUACUUUUCGCAUUAAUUGCAUGAUAUUUGUACAUGGAUGACACGAUGCGUACUGUUUCUGAUAUUAUAAUUUAGGGAACUAUAUUUUAAAAUCUUAAUUACACAUUAUGUGCGCUAUAAAGAAAAGUAGAUUUCGUCUGAUGCUGUGACGUCGUUUUAUUAAUGUCGAACACAUAAGAUAGAAGCACUAUUGCCUCAAUUAUAAACGACCUCUCCCAAGUAAAAGAUAUAUAGAGAUUACUUCUUUAAGGAUAGGAUUCCAUGUAUCAUAGCACAAUUUUGCAUUGAUGCAUAUAAAUAUAUUACUUAUGUAUUUGAUACAAUUGAGUGAAAGCUACGUUGCCUCACGCACGUAUCACUCAAACUACACAUUAUGCGUGUGUCUAUAGUUUAUAUUAAUAAAAUUUAUAUAUUAAUAAAUAAGAAAAAAUACACAAAAAAUAUAUCGCGAUGAAAUUCUUGUGAUUAGAAUCACUUACUAUUUCGAUAAAUUUAAAUGAUAAAUAUGCAUAGAACCAUUGUAAAGACGAUUAUUUGUUUGGCAUGGAAAACUUAUAGCUGAGAAACUAGCAGUAAGAAAAAUAAGUCGUGACUUAGACAGGAGAAAAAAAGCCUUUAUAUAUUUUUAAUAAUUUGUAACGUACUAUUUAUCAUUAGAAAUCCACGCGCAAGACGAACAGUUACUUAGCAUUUCUAUUUGGCUAAUUGACAAUUGUUUUAUAUUUAUGCACGUUUACAUUAUUAUUUCGUUCGGUAAGCUCCUGUAAUUUGUACGUGUACCGAAUAUCAAACUUAUAUCAAAUUCAUCACUUUAUAUUGUUUUACGUUCAUUACUUAUGUUCUGAUAGUGAUUAUGAAUGUGACAUAUAGUCAUACUGAAGUUAUCGCAACGUAUAUGCAAGAUAUCUGCAGCAUUGUAUAAAUCAUCUACAUUAAAAAUUUGAUUGUGUUCCUUUUUGUACCGAUUUUUUUUAACAGUUUAUAAUCACGUAAGGAAUGCUUUUGAUUAUUAUGAGUUUAUGGAAUGUAUCACUUAAUCUAAAAGUAUACCCAAUAUAAUAAUUUCUUGCACUUCCAAUAUUACAUGAAGGUUAGAUUAAAUA